CGCAUGUCGGAGCUGCAGGAGGAGGUGCGCACCGUCCGGGAGGAGGCGGCCGGACUGCGCUCACAGGCGCAGACGCUGGACCGCGAGCUGGAGGCGGCCCGCAGCCAGGCCACCGGCCUGGAGCGCGAGCUGGCGGGCAGCAGGGAGACGGUCGGCAAGUACGGCACGGCGCUGGACGCCGUGUACGCGGCCGUGGCGCCUCUGGUGGCCGAGGCCGAGAGCAGGAAUGCCGAGCAGACCAAGGCGGAGGCGGAGAGCGACGGCGAGGAGAUGCCGGACGCCUCUCCGGCCAGCGAGGCGGCCGCCGACGCCAAGCCGGAGCCCAAGCCGGACGACAGGGGACGCCAAGGAGGCACGCCGGAGCCGGCGGCGGGCGACGCCAAGCGACGCGUCAAGCCGGAGACGCCGGACGCCAAGCGACGUGGCAAGGCGGCCAGUCCCGAGCCGGCCGCCAAGAAGGCCAAGGUCGAAAACGGCCAGCCGGUCUGA